AUGCCUCGAAAUCCAGCCACAUCUGCUUUAUUUCGGUACCGAGGCAGCCGGAAAAGCCGCACAACUGCAGUUGCUCUAAUUGGUAACGAAGUGGUGCGAUCUGAACGGCUCGACAACGUCGACCAAGUGGCCUUGUUUCGCUCUCCAUAUUUGCCGACCCGUCUCGGUGGCUGGAUCAGCCUUAAGCGCUGUUUCUAUCGCCUCACGACAGACGCUAUGGCAUGCAAAAAUAACACAAUUUUCCGGUCAUGCUACAAGUUCCCGCAUCCUUUUUUACUGUCCUCCUGA